GUUACUGUAUCGUAAUGCACUGCGUCGCAAUGGUAUUGCGAUACAAGAGCCAUCGUAUCUCUUCGCGGUGACUUUCUUGGCUACCCCAAAUUUACAUAGCCUCCUUGAGGAUCGUUGAUGUGCAGUGAGGCAGUGGACCCCGCUGAAGGCAAAAAGUAGCCCUGCUGUCUCGAUUGCGACUUAUUUGGCUAGAGUAAAAGCUUACCAUUUUCUCAUCUCUGCAAUCAUUGUCCAAAUCGACCGCAAUACACCCUUGGCUCCACAGCGGCGCUCGCGCGCUACGCCAUAUCGGCACCCUUCGUUUUGCGCCUCCCUUUUGACCUGUGCAAAGCACAAGACUCAGUGCGCAUUCAAGCAAGUUUCUUGACUCGGAGCGUUGCUUGAAUUCACCAGCUGAAAGCAUAUUCAAUAGGUUUCUGUCUAGCUUUAUCCUCUGUGUUACUGAAACGCGCACCGAUGAUGACCGGAGCUGGUGUGUUUCAGCGCACACCACAGCGCGCUUCUCAAUGAGCGGCCCCAACCCUUAUGCCAUGAUGGCAUCAGCAUCCGCGCCUUGACGACGUACGUACUUUGAAGCUUGGCUGAUCGCACUGCCCGUUUUGAACGGGGGAGGCCCAAAGGUAUAUAACCCCACUGCGUUCAUGACAAGAAAGUUGUGGGUGCCAGUCAUCGCCGUUCAUCCUUUCUUUGCAUUCGCUGGUCGUGCAGAGGCUUUUCGUUCUUAUCAAAGUCCCCCGUCUUUCUUUACUUUCCUCCUAAUCCCUUGUGCUCCGGUAGCGCAGGUUAACGAACGAAAUAACCAACUGACCUAACAAGAACGAUCCUCCCUAGCCUCCACACUCCUCCACGCUCACGAAUACAUAUUCUCUAAUGGCGACGAACGUUUCUCUCCCCCUUCCUCAUAUCCUCGCAUCCGGAGGCAACACCGGCAUCGGGCCUUACGACUACGUCCCUGACCGCAGCGUCGGAAUCCUAUUUGUCACGCUCUUUGCGAUUUCGACGGUUGUCCACCUCUUCCAAGCCUGGAAGUACCGCCUCUGGUGGAUUCUCCCAACCGCUGUCUUCUGCGGUACCGCGGAGCUCGUUGGUUGGGGUGCACGUCUGUAUUCCAGCGGGAAUCCUCGUGCUCUGAUCCCGUUCGAGAUUCAAAUCUCCUCCACCAUCACCGGUCCUACUCCCUUGAUCGCGGCCAAUUUUGUUAUCCUUGAGUACAUCAUCAAGACUCUUGGUCCCCGUUUCAGCAGGUUUUCUCCCCGCAUGUACAUGAUCGUCUUCGUCACUAGCGAUGCGAUCUCUCUGUCCAUUCAGGGUGCGGGCGGUGCCGUUGCUGGUAUGGCCGCUGGUAAUGGUGAAGAUCCUACCACUGGUGGCACUAUCAUGCUCGUUGGUAUCAUCCUGCAAAUGAUCGCCAUCACGCUCUUCAUCAUCACUGCCGCGGAGUUCUUUUACCGCUAUGCAUUCGACAAGCCCUUCCACAAGAAGGUGCAUAGCGACAUGGAGAAGCCCAAGGGCGCUUACAGCAUCGGUGCUAUGGAUCCCCGCAUGAAGAUUGCCUGCUACGCCAUGGCCUUCAGCACUACCUGUCUCUUCAUUCGUGCUGUGUACCGCACGAUAGAACUUACCGACGGAUGGAACGGCCGUAUCAUCGCCACCCAGGUCUACUUCAACGUCCUAGACGGUGGCAUGGUCACGUUGGGCAUGUACACGCUCAACAUUUUCCACCCCGGUUACUUGGUCAUGCCGUUGCUGUACCGCUAUCGCCAGAACAACGAGUCCACUGAGACGUUCGGCAGCCUCUAGCCUGCUUUUUGGUAGCAGAGGCCCGACGGCCGUGGGCUAUCAAGCCACUCCCGUGCUUGAGUAGUCGGCUUGUUUCCUGAUCGCUCUUGGGACAGUAUCUUCUACGGUACUUAUUGCGAUCACGUACAUCGAUACACAGCCCAAUGAUAGAUGCGC